AUGACUCGCGAUGCCAUCGCGCAGGAUGCUUCUUUCGCCAUGGCCACGGUCUCAGAACGCCCUGUCGCGCGCCCAACACCACCUGCACCAUCCCCAAAGGUAGUUCCAGCUCCCGCGGUAGCGCCCACAUGGAAUACUCGGGAUCUGGGCUUGCGACUCGGCGUCGAUGUCGUGAGUGCAGCUUCGGCUGGCGCGCUGACAUGUCCGCUUAUUACGAUUAUUGAUCGUGCCAUUAUUGAAAAAGCAUCCAAAGGCUUCCCCAUCCGCCAAACAAUCACCAACUGUCUCAAGUCCAUGAUCGCAAAACCAACCGGCUUUUUCUUCAGCACACCCUUCCUCCUCAUUUACACACUGUACACCUCCACAUAUCUCACCGCAAAUGCAAUCGACACUGUUACAUCCACUCUCCGCAAUCAAUCCUAUUCCACCGUGACUCCAGGCCCGGCCAAAUUCAUCUCCACGACAGCCGUCAAUAUGGCCAUCUGCGUAUACAAGGAUGCGCGCUUCGCAAAGAUCUUCGGUGCUUCACCUCCUCCAACACAAUCCUCACCACAACCAAAAGCGCAUUCUACCCCGUCGAUCUCACGCACCUCGCUUCGCCCGCCGAUGCCCUUACAACCGAUUGCCGCGCCUACAAUCCCCAAAGUCUCAUAUUCACUCUUCUGUCUCCGCGAUAGCGUCACAAUCUUCGCCUCCUUCAACGUUCCCGCACUCAUCGCACCUUCAAUACCCGACUUUAUUGCGUCUACACCUAGUAUGAAGGCUGCUACGGCGCAAUUCGCUUGCCCGGCCCUUAUGCAAUUCUUCAGCACGCCGAUGCACCUGCUCGGUCUGGAUUUGUACAACAGACAGCCUCCCGGCGGUCUGCCAUGGACGGAUCGUGUGGCUCGUAUCCGCAGAGACUACAUUUCCAGCAGUUUUGCGCGCAUGGGUAAGAUUGUGCCUGCGUAUGGUGUUGGUGGUGUUGUCAAUGUUCGGAUGAGAGCUACUCUUAUGGAGCGGCUUGAGAAGAAGAUCGAAUGA